CUCGUUGUCCUCAAGCCCCGGCCGGUUGUCCUCAAGCCCCCGGCCGCUGCAGGCUUGUGGGCGCCGCUGGGAGCGGGAGCCGGGUGGCUGCGGUUUGGUGCCCGUGCAGGAACUUCGUGGCAGCUCGGACAGGAUGGGGCGAGUGUGGGAGGGCCAAAAGGCCGGGGGCGGGGGGAGGAAGGAUGGCGGCCUUGUGCUGUGCUGGAACAUCGGCGUCUGGGAGGGCUUUUAAGUGUCACGUUGUAGCUGGAGGUUGUAGGGUUUGGGGCCCGGCUUUGAGGUGGUGAUAAAGACAGCGAGUCUGUAAAAACCUUGUGUAGCUGCUGUCUGUGCCCUGCUGACUUUGGUCUCUCAGCUGAGCAGCACAGGGCUGUGCUGCAGGCAGCUAAAGCAGGUUGCUGAGCUCUGUAUCUAGUCAGGCUUGGGAUGCCUCUGAGGAUGGAGGUGCCAGCAACCUGUGCCACCGUCCCACCACUUGCACAGUUGGGGGGUUUUUUUUUACAUUCAGGUGGAAUCUCCUAUGUUUCAGUUUGUGCCAUCACUGAGAAAAGAGUCUGCUUCCUCCUCCUCUGCAGUCUCCACUCAGCCACUUGUAUUCAUGAGAGCUGUCUCCAUGUAAAACAUGCCUAGCUUUCUCAGCUUCUCAUCCUAUGAGAGAUGCUUCAGCACCUUCACCAUCCCUGUGGGCCUACACUGGACCUCCCAUAUGUAUUUCUUGGCCUGAGGAGCCCCACAUUGGACCCACACUCCCUCACCAGUGCUGAGGAGAGGGGAAGGAUCACCUUCUUCAACCUUCUGCCGAGAAGAUCAUCCAUGUUUUCUUUUUAGUCCAGGAAGAGAAGAGCAAUGGCUUUGAGGAUGGGCCCUGAGCAGUGUCAGGCUGAGGUGACUGGCUGACAUUGCAACACCAGCUGCUCUUUCUCUCUGCUGCUCAUAUCUCAAAAUGGGAAGGCUCAGCAUCUCCUGCUUGCUUCCUGCUUCUUGGCACUUCAGCAUCUCCCCAGUGGGAUGCCCACGGAUCCUCAACACCACGCUGCGCCAGAUUGUCGUCAUCGGCCUUGUUGCCGCUGCUGUCUCGGUGCUUUACUACUCCCUGCUGGUCAUUCGCCACAAGUACAGCCGUGCCUCCAGGGAUAAAAGGUUCCACAGGUACCUUGCCCGAGUAACUGACACAGAAGCUACAGAUACCAACAACCCCAACCUCAACUAUGGCAUUGUUGUGGACUGUGGCAGCAGUGGCUCCAGGAUCUUUGUGUAUUGUUGGCCCAGGCACAAUGGGAAUCCACAUGAUCUGUUGGACAUCAAACAGAUGAGGGACAAAAACAGAAAGCCAGUGGUGAUGAAAAUUAAACCAGGCAUUUCAGAGUUUGCCAGCUCUCCUGAAAAGGUCAGUGAUUAUAUUUCUCCCCUGCUGAGCUUUGCUGCAGAACAUGUGCCACGUGCGAAACACAAAGAGACUCCUCUUUACAUUCUGUGUACCGCAGGAAUGAGGAUUCUGCCCGAGAGCCAGCAGAAGGCCAUACUUGAAGAUCUCCUCACUGAUAUUCCCGUGCACUUUGACUUUCUCUUUUCGGACUCGCACGCCGAGGUGAUUUCAGGGAAACAGGAAGGAGUGUAUGCAUGGAUUGGCAUCAACUUUGUUCUUGGAAGAUUUGAACAUACAGAUGAUGAGGAUGAGGCCAUUGUGGAGGUGCAUGUCCCAGGCAGUGAAAACAAAGAGGCCAUCUUUCGUAAGAGGACAGUGGGUAUUCUCGACAUGGGCGGCGUGUCGACUCAGAUAGCCUAUGAAGUCCCUAAAACUGAGGAAGUAGCCAAAAACUUACUUGCUGAGUUCAACUUGGGCUGUGAUGCUCAUCAGACCGAGCACGUGUACAGAGUCUACGUUGCGACCUUCCUGGGCUUUGGAGGAAACGCAGCACGACAGAGAUAUGAAGAGAGUCUGUUCAGCAGCACAGCUCUUAAAAACAGACUGCUGGGCAAACAGACUGGCAUGACCUCUGCUUCACCCCACCUAGACCCUUGCCUGCCCCUGGAUGCUCAGGAUGAGAUCCAGCAGAACGGGCAGACGAUGUAUCUGCGGGGAACGGGAGACUUCAGCCUGUGCCGGGAACUCCUUCAGCCCUUCAUGAACAAGACAAACGAGACCCAGACAUCUCUGAAUGGUGUCUAUCAGCCCUCUGUGCACUUUCAGAACAGUGAAUUUUAUGGCUUCUCAGAGUUUUACUACUGCACUGAGGACGUGUUACGCAUGGGAGGGGAUUACAACGCCGCUAGGUUCGCUAAAGCUGCAAAGGAUUAUUGUGCCACUAAGUGGUCUGUCCUGCGGGAACGUUUUGACCGUGGUCUUUAUGCCUCACACGCUGAUCUCCACAGGUUGAAGUACCAGUGUUUUAAGUCUGCCUGGAUGUAUGAAGUAUUUCACAGUGGCUUCUCUUUUCCUGUGAGUUACAGCAAUUUGAAAACAGCUCUGCAGGUCUAUGACAAAGAGGUGCAGUGGACCCUGGGAGCCAUUCUGUACCGAACACGGUUCUUACCUUUAAGAGACAUCCAGCAAGAAAACUUCCAUGGCAGUCACUCCCACUGGAGGAGCUUCUCCUUUGUUUACAAUCACUACCUGUUCUCUGCCUGCUUUCUGGUGGUGCUGCUCUCCAUCCUGCUGUACCUGCUGAGGCUCAGGCGCAUCCACAGGCGGAUGCUCCGCAACAGCUCGUCUCCUUCCCUAUGGAUUGAGGAAGGCCUCUCCCCACAGAAGAUCCCAGGACCCUUAUGAGAUGAUGUGAUGGAGAGAUUUGAUUGGACUUGCUACACAAAAAGCCAUUUUUGCCUCAGGGUUCCUCCUUUUUUCUUUUUGAUCCCUUUAAAUCACUGAAGGAACAGAUUGCCCAGAGGUGUCACAGGGCACUGUGGGGUCACCUUGAUUGAGUCUCAUUAGACAAAACCCAAUUGUCUUCAGACAAUUCUCUGCCAAAAAUGACUUUGUGUGUGUGUGUGUUUUGUUUUAAUGUUGCACUUUUGUGUGUGAUGGGCCAAGCAAAAGCUUGUUUGUUGUCAGGAAAUGAGCAGCAGCAGCUGCUGCUGGGGACAGAGUGAGUGUGGAUCCUCAUCCUGUGGCUGAGGCUGGGGGAUGCUGUUACCUGGGGGAUGAAGGAGGAAUGGGCUUGAUUUUUCUUUUCCAGAUUCCAGGGUUUGCUGUCACUUUUGGCUUCUCAGUCUGAGGCUCCUCAAAGAAAAGGGAAGUGCAGGGUUCUUCUGGAAUAAGUGCUGUGAUGGAGAAGAAAAAUCGAUUGCACCCACUGCUGUGCUUCCACCAACCUGCUGCAGUCCCCUGUGCUCACUUGUGACACUUUCCCCUCUUGUCUUGGCAGUGGCAAAAGUCACUCCUUUUGAAUCCUUUUACUUUCUGUUUCCUAAUCAAUCACAGGAAUCUCCCUGGAGCUCCAGGGAAGGGGAAGAGAACUGGAACAUGCCUAGGCUCUUGUUUCUGCUGGAGUAGCCCUGCACAGUGUCUUUUGUUCUCCAGCCCUAUGAUCUGUUAAUUUAUCUCUUAUUUAAAACUGUCAGUUUUACUUGAAAAUAAAUGUGUCCAUGAUUAAAAGUGGGAUUUCUA